AGACGAAGGAAAACUCAAACCCCGAAGAAAAACCGACACCCCAUUACGCAAAAAUGUCUAGGAACUUAAGACCUCCACAACUGAUAGUUCCAGUAGAGGAACAUUUUACGGGACGUAUCACUUGGCGCGGCAGUUGGUACUUUCCAAAGAUUAAAGCAAAAUUUAUACAGUGUGGUUUAUUGGAUAGGGUGAAGGAAUCCCCUUUCAAACAGUUCUUCAUGGCGGAACCAUUAAAUUUUUCUGGUGCCUUAGUCCAUCAGCUGUUGUUGCACAAAUUCAGAGGGGAGAAGACUGACGAAGUCCAGUUUUAUAUUGGGAAAAAACGAUGUAGAUUUAGCCAAUUGGAGUUUGCUUUAGUUACUGGUUUAAAUUUCGAGGCCGGACCGUCUGAAGCUGAGAUUAAAGCGAAGACCACUUCGGAUCAGUUGAUUCUUGAGUACUUCAAUGGUCAUUCCCCAGUGAGCAUAGGGCAACUGCGCAGAACUUUUGAGAGUUGUCAAAUAGUUGAUGAUGUGUACAAGAUGGGUUUGUGUUUAUUAGUAGAGGGUGUUUUGAAAGGUCGUGAGGAGAAGUUGAUGGUUUGGACUGACAUGCUGAAGAUGGUAGAUGACGUUGACUUCUUUUUCCAGUACCUGUGGGGGAAGAUAUCAUACCAGAAGUUGUUACAAACUUGUCAAAAAGACUUUGUAGAAAUGAAGAAGCAUUUACAGAAGAAGAUUGAGAAAGGAAAGACUCAGAAGGAGGCCAAGUACUCUAUUUAUGGGUAUGCUGUAGCAUUACAGUAUUGGGCUUUUGAGUCCAUCAUUGAGUUGGGUCAGGAUUAUGUUGAAUACGAUAAGUUGACAGUAUACCUCUACCUGUGUGCCCGACCUGCUGAAGAACAGUAUGUGAGGACCCUUACAAACAAUGAAGCCCCAUUGUAUGUGGACAUGGAGUUAGAGGAACUAGAGGUGGGUGCCGAUGGACAGCCUACACAGGAAGCCUUACAGAGCCAGGCUGAAAAGCUUGCUGAAAAACCUGAUGAUGUAGAUGAUCACAUUUUUCGCACACCAGAGGAUAUGCAAAUUACUGUAAUCGGAGAUACUGAAGAUUCUGAGGUACAAUUCUUAGACAUAGCUCCACCAGCACCGGAGAAGAGGAGAGAAAGAAAGAGGCCUAGGUGGUUCGAUGAGUACACUGCAAUGAAGAAAAUGAAUAAGAAAACGAAGACAGCAGUGAAUGUGGAUCCAUUGAGGGUUGUUGAUGGAAAAUUACUUAUGACCUUUCACAAGUGGUUGCUUGGCACUAUUGGGAAUUAA